GACCCUGCUGUACUGUGGCCGUACCGUGGAGCUAUCCUACGUGUGUGUGCUAUGAUUUAUGCACACAAAAGUUGUUUUUGAAUGGCCAAAAUCGACCGCGACAAAUACCCCACGUGAAAAGACGCACGGGGCACUCUGUGUGCUCAAUAUUUGACCUUCAUAAGGGGAGAAACCAUCAAAAUUGUGAAUAUUCCAGGUACAUAGGAGGUGUCAGGCGACUUACAGGAACAAAAUGGGAGCCUACUUAUCAGAACCAUACGUGGAGAAGAUCUCAGAUGACGGGACUUGCGGGGAACUUUCGUACGGAGCCUCUGCAAUGCAAGGUUGGCGAGUUGGCAUGGAGGAUGCCCAUAACUGUAUCACUCAACUCACAGACGACACAUCUCUGUUUGCAGUCUAUGAUGGCCACGGAGGUGCGGAGGUUGCAGUGUACACAGCUCAACAGUUUCCCAAGCUGCUGACGAAUCUAAAGGCGUUCAAAGACGGGGACAUCAACGCUGCGUUAGAGGAGGCUUUCAUGACCUUCGAUGCAUCUUUAAAACAGAAGGCCAUCAUUGAGAAACUCAGAAGGAUUGCAGGAAUGGAAGAAGGGGAAGCAAAAGAAGAGGACGGAGAAACAGAGGCACUCCUGGAAGAGGCGGAACUACCAUUGGAACAACUCGUCGCUCGCUAUUGCUCGCAGCCCUCCAAGAGCAAACGAGCAAAGAUCAAGCAGGCACACGCCAGCGACCUCCUCUCCCCCAUGAUCCAGAAGAAACAACCCAGGUUCCCCCUCACAGUGGUGAAUGGAUCUCUCCAAGACGGGGACGGGCCCGUGCCUAACAAGACUGUUCCAUUUGACGAGGAGGGGGAUGUGGUUUCAAAAGGAAAAGGGGACGAUGAGGCUGUGGACAGUGUCAACGGCCCCGAUGGGGAUAGGAGAAGAGAGGGGGAGAACGGAACAGACAGUGAUGAUGAUGACGAUGAUAUGGGUGAGGGGGGCGAUGAAAAGAAGGGGUCAUCAGAGAUUGGUCAAGGAGAAGGGUCAUCGGAGAAUGGGUCAUUGAAAACAGAAGUAAAGGAAGAAGAAGCAGGAUCAUCUGGGAACUCAGGGAGCCAUAAUGGCGACGUACAGCAAAGUGAUACCAAAGAAUCGGGAUCAAGCAGCUCAGGAUCAAGUACCAACAGUAAGCCUAAGCUCGUUGUCCCACCAUAUCUAGACGACGACGAUGACAGUGAUGAAGAAGACGAGGACUACCGAUCAGGAGAUGAUGAGGAUGAAGAGGAGGACGAUGAGGAGGAUGACGACGACGAGGAAGAGGAGGAAGGGGAUUUUGAUGUGGAGGAGGAGGAAGGAGAAGAGGAAGAUGAAGAGGAGGACUACAGAAUGGCAUUGCCAGCUGGAAAAGAAGAGCCUGGCAGUGACAGCGGGUCCACAGCGGUCGUUGCGCUCCUCAGAGGAAAGACGCUCACCGUGGCCAACAUAGGGGAUUCGCGUUGCGUCCUAUCGCGGGACGGGAAAGCCCUCGAUAUGUCGUACGAUCACAAACCCGAGGAUGAUGUCGAGCUGAGGAGAAUAGAGAAGGCCGGCGGGAAAGUCACUCCCGAUGGAAGAGUCAACGGGGGACUCAACCUCUCCAGAGCUUUCGGUGAUCACUGUUACAAACUGACAACCUCACUACCUCCUGAAGAACAGAUGAUAAGUGCCUUCCCGGACAUCCAGACUGUCACACUAACAGACCAAGAUGACUUCAUGGUUGUAGCAUGCGAUGGCAUCUGGAAUGCCAUGACAAGUCAAGAAGUGAUUGACUUUGUUAGGAGUAGACUCGAGAACUCGGGAGAGACAGACCAAACUAAUAAACUUUCCAAGAUUUGUGAAGAGCUCUUCGACUUCUGCCUCGCACCCGACACAUCCGGCGACGGCACAGGGUGUGACAACAUGACCUGCGUCAUUGUACAGUUCCACAGCAACAACGCAGACUCCAUCUCAGGUGCUACAGUCGGCGGUAAGAGAAAAUCAGCCGAGGACAAACCUACAGAUACAGAUAGCAAGAAACCAAGACAUUGACAUUUGACCGUUGGCCUAUGCAAGUGUGUCUUCGCCCUGAUAAGCGGAAGCCAGCCCAGUACGAUGAGUUAGUUUGAAUCAAAAGCAGAAUUAUGAUGGAAGACCAAAAAUCAGUGAAUUUUGUUGGGGAAAGAUAUGUGUUUCAAUUUGUAAUAUGUAAAUUCAUUACUUUGUGAGUUUUCAUUCCAUCUCCUGUUUCUUCAUACUUUAAUGUCUUCUGGGUCCCGUAACACAAAGGUUAGCGAUUAAUCAUACGCUUGAUUUUUAUGAUUGAUUGUACAUUAUAGUCUAUGCUAUCAAUCGUAGAAAAAUGUUCUACGAUCAUUGCUAAGCUUUGUGUUACGGGCCCCUGGUCCCCACAACACAAAGGUUAGAAUAAUUCUGAUUGGUACCUAGUCAGUCUGCUGAGCAAAAUGUGAAUGCAGCGAUGAUCUGGAUAGACCAUUUCAUUUAGCGAUUAACUGCUAAACUUUCUGUUGCGGGGCCCUGGGGAGUGUUUCAUGAAAGGACUUGUUGGACGUCGUAUCCGACAGUUUCCAUAGUGACAGUGCUUCUCAGCCAAUCAAAAUCAAGGAAAAAUGUCAAAUCUGACAAGAAGUCGGAUGACGAAUGUUGAUGAAACCCUCCUGGGGAGUCUUUCAUGAAAGGACUCGUCGCAUGUGUUUUUCCGAAAAUGUCCGUUUUAACCCACAAUUACCAUAGUAACAGUGCUCUCAACCAAUCAAACUUGAGGAAAGUUGUCAGAUCUGACAGCCUGUCGGACAGCAAAGGUUGAUGAAACGCCCUUCAGGUUGCCAUAAUAAUACUAUGUCCAAUAGAGUAUACAUGUAGAGAGUGAAGAUCAAAGGAGAUCCCGUUAUUAAAACAACCUUUAUAAACUGAAAGAUGUACAGAGUAGACACACAGUGUAGACAUUUUUGCAGUUUGUCUUGAUAUAACAAAUGCUAGCAAUCACGUAUGGAAUAUCUUUAGAUAGAGAGAAAUUCGCUUAAAACUUUGAUUCCAGUUUCAAUGAUAAAUUGCCACUUGGUCCACACCCACUUUGUCUACUUUCCAUUUGGUCUCAUCUCCGGAGGUCCAAUAGUAGUUUGUCUGCAUCCAAUUUGUCUUAUUUCCAGUUAAGCAUUUACCCAUUUCUUCUAAUACCCACUUGGUCUAAUUUCUCAGAUCUGGUAUUCUGAACUCUUAUUGAAAUUAAACUCUUGUUUAGAGUUGUGGUUUAACUAUGAAUUGUGGCAAAAAUCCUAUUUCAUAGUGCAUGUUAAAUUUAUCAACUCGUUUGACACUCAAAUCAUGCAGAACUGCCUGGGGUGAUAAAUAGUAUAUUUCUUCAUCCUGCAUGCAAGGAGAAACAAAAUAGUAAACACAAGAAAUAUAUGAUAUAAACAGAAUUUUUAAUAUGUUGGCUUGUCAUAAUUUUAGCACUGAGUUAGACCUAGGCCUAAGGUAAACUUCAGAAUUCAGGCCUAGGUCUAUAUGGUUAGAAGAAUGGUCAGUAAACAAAUUUGUCUUUUGAUAAAGUACAUAAUGAUAAAGUUAUUAGACUAAAUGUCAGUUGAGACCAAGUGAGUACCAAACCAAGUGACACAAAGCUUAGCAAUGAUCGUAGAACUUUUUUCUACGAUUGAUUCCAUUGACUACAAUGUACAAUCAAUCGUACAAUUAAUCUCUAACCUUUGAGUUACGGGACCCAGAGCAUACAUGUAGUUAGACCAAACUGAUAGCAAAACAAGUGGGUUUUAGUCACGAUGGUGUUGGGUGAUCUGAUAAUUAGACCAUCUUCUAGUUUUCUACAAACUGUUUCAGUGCAGUAUGAUGUGCUGUCCGUGAAUAAAAGCUGGUUAGGUGAUCAUCUCACUUAUUGAGUUGGCAAUGAUGUGGCCAAGUUGAUAUCAUUCGGCAUAAAAUGUUCAUUUGUAAUUUUGCAUAUAAUAAUUGCAAUUAUCAUUCAUUGCAACAUUUUGACAUUAUAUCCAUAUUUUAUAAUGAAUUUUUCAAAUAGAGGAUUGCAAAGAAACAAUUAUUAUUGCCAAUUUAGGGAUUGAAAGCCAAUUAAUAGGGAAUUUGAGUACCGCUAAAUUAUGCCUUUGAUGUACAUGUACAUCGUGCAUAGUUGAAGAGACCAAUCUUGUGAAAGUAAAAUUUUAUUACAAUGAUUGCCAAUUUGAUAGUGAUCAGUUUCUCGGCUCAGUGCAAGAACCUGAAAUGAUUUGUGUGUAAUUUCUCAAAUUACUAGCAUCAUGAGUUGAGUAUGAAGAAAAGUACAAAUCUGGGCUUCGACAUAUAAAAGAGUAGAUCAUUAUAUGAAAUUCUCUCAUAACAAAAUGACUGGGGGUGCUAAUGGCAUUCUUUCAAUGGCAUGGAAAAUGACAGUAUCCAACUUUCAAAAUUGAUAAUAUAUAUCUUCCCUUCCCUUCAAAAUUCUCUGAUGAUUUUAUCUCAUUUUGUUGCUUUUCUUCAAAGACAUGCUAAUAGAUGCAAGGGUAAGUUUCCAACGUCUCUUUUUUUUCUAUGUUAUAAGCUAACAUUUAUAUAGCCUGUCUUUUUCUCUCAAUUCUGUAUUCACUCACAUUGAAAUAUUUAUCAGCUGAAAGUUCACACCUUAUGAAGUUCUUUUAACGAGUUCUCUUUGAACAUCAUGGGCGACCUUUGAUAGAGUUGUUUUGCUUCUGGUAGUUGUAUUUCAAUAUUUUUAAUGACUAAUCAUUCGACUACAGUAAAUUGCAGAUUAAUCCAUCAAUUCAAAGCGUUAUCCCUGGAUACCUUAUACAUUCCAUGCAAGCUAGUGGUUUUUAUGUUUGUAGUAUUUUUGUUUGUUACCACUGCUGCGAAAAUUGAUCAAGAUGACAGAGGACUAAUAGACUUCCAUUGGGGUUACAUGAAAUAGUUGGAAUGAAUUUCUCGAUCAUGAUCUGAAAAAGAAAGAAAAAAUCAGAUAUUUUAUUGAUCUUCCUUCGCUGAGGUUUGAACUUUCCUCUCUGUAUAUUUGUACAAUGAAAUCUAAGGGUGGUGAUUUUUUACCGGAUUCCUAAGAAACCCGUCUAUAAAGACUGCAAUGGGAAGACAAGAAAAGUGGUCUUUACGAAUAAGUGACCUCUUUAUACAGGUUCAAGAAUCAAGAAAAAUAGUUAAACAGGUUUGUAAAGACCAACCAUGGGAGACAAGAAAACUGGUGUUUAUGAGCUGGAGGUCUCUUUCUAAGAUGUAGGCACGUAUUCUGAACUCGGGUUUAAAUUAAACCCUGUUUAACUAUGGAGAGCAAAUUAGAGCACAAAUCCCUAACAGCACACAGUCGGUUUGUUGACUCUUAUGACACCCAAAUUGUUCAUAAUUGUCCGGGAAUGAUAACUGAAGUAGUUUUCUUCAUUAUGAAAGCAAAAGGAAACAAAAUAGUAAACAUAAGAAAUAUACAAUAUAAACAGAAUUCUUGGUCUAUUAGAUUUAAACCUGACUUCAGAAUAUGGGCCGUAGAGUUCAACUUGCUUGUACUAUCACAUUGGGUUAUUGUGUCAGGUCAGUCAUUCGCGUAGCCUGACCAUUCGAGAAAAGGACCGCCCUCAAUUCCCGAAAGAUCAGGUACAGUUUACCUGACCCUUUGUUUCUUUGGUUUAUGAUUUUCACAAAACUUCUGAUAUAUUUGACCCAUACAUUUGUAUAUUCACAAUGGUGCUCAAACGUUAGUGAACCCCACCAGAAACUAAGCAUAUAUAAAGUGUUCAGGUUCUGCCAUGUUUUAGAUAUUUGAUUGGGAAGUAAGGUGAUGAAAUAUUACUUUCAAUAAAGUUUGUUUCUCUGGGCUUGCCGAACCUUGGAGUGUUGUUGCCUACAUGUACAUUCAACACUUGGCAUGCUUUUUCUGAAGGGGUUCACUAGCUUUUGAGCACAACUAAAUUUUCUCAAAGCGUUGUGUAAACUGAUCCCGAUGCUUCGGGAUUUCAGGAGGCCCUUUUCUCGUAUUGUCAGGUUACACGAUUGUCCGACCAGAUGCAAUAACGCAGUUGGAUGGCACAAGCUGUUAAUCUUCUGUCUAAAGGCCACACAAAGGAUACAAGCAAAAGUGGCCUUUAAAAUAGCAUAGCAGGUGACAUUUACAGAUGGGUUCUUGUAUUUGUAAAGACCAGUCGUAAGGUGUGCGGUGGCCUUAACACAUGUGCUUUUAUCAGUAGGGAAAACUAUCCAAGGGGAACCAAACUUGUGGUCUUUACAGUGAGGUGGUCCUUUUGUCACAAGGGGUGUAAAAUCAGGGUCCUGUUUCAUAAAGAUGUCUCACAAUAACAAAUGCACAAUUUCAAUAACAAGUUCGCUAUCAGCCAGUCAGAAUGGAGGAUUUCAGUAGCUUUUAACUAUUGCAAAUAAUUUUUUUUUUUUUAAAUUUAUGUUUUUAUUGAUAAAUCUUCAACAUACAAAUCAUUUACAUCAAAUUCCACUAUAAAAGUUACCAAAAAAAAAUUAAAAAAUCAAUCAAAAUAUAUACAAGGGAUUGGAGUGAUU